CUGCCGGGCCGGGUGCGAGGCGGGGACACGAUAAAGGCCUCGCCACGCGGGCUACUGGUCCAUAGGUAGCCAGGGCGCGGUGCGGUGUACAUCUACUGGCGUUCCUCUGGGUAGUGGCUACUGACCGGCGGCUUUUUGUGACUUCGGCAAGAUGAGGCUCCUGGUGCUCCUGCUGGUGACGUGUGCUACACUGGUGGUGGGGAAGAUAUUUACCAAGUGUGAACUGGCCUCUGACCUGGAGAAUCGCUAUGGGGUCGCAAAGGAGGACGUCAAGAAAUGGGUCUGCAUCGCCCAGUUUGAGUCUACCUUCAAUACUGCUGCCAUCAACCACCACAACUAUGACCACAGCAAGGACUUCGGGCUCUUCCAGCUCAACAGCAGAUACUGGUGUGGUGACAAGGGCAAGAACGUGUGCAAGAUGCCAUGCACAGCUCUCCUGGACGACGACCUGACGAAUGAUGUGCAGUGCAUGAAGAAGAUCAUAAGGGAGACGGAGAAGUGGAAGGGAAAGGGGACAGGACUGUCAGCUUGGGUUGCUUACGAAAGAAGGUGUAAGAAUAUGAACCUCGAUGAGUACAUAGCUGAGUGUUCGACCAACGCCGAUGCCUCCAACACAAUCCCCGUCAGACAAGUCUCUGCUGGCAACAAUCCACCCCGUCAGGAAAACAUACCGGGGGAUUACGUGCCUAUCAUAAAUAACGCCCGUGUUCCCAUCAGGCCUAAGGUUAUUAGUAACAUGCAUCCCCCUUACAUGCGCAUCCCCAUGCAUGGUCCUUUCAUUGCACCAAGUCCUUACCACUUCUUCUAUCAGAGAAACUACUGAAAAUAGGUGACAAGUGGUAAGUGUGGCUGAGUAAAUAGACUGUUAGGCUACAAGUGGUAAUAAAAAAAAAUGUUUGUCUUUAUUAUACAAUUUGAAAUUUAUAUAUAAAUAUAUUUUUUUGUAACUUUGUUAUUGUAUUCAUCUAUCUGUAACCAUAAAGAGUGAAUAAGUUGCCAAUGUUUAUCACAGUUAUAAUAAUAAUAAUUAUUAUUAUUUAUUGUUAUUAUUAUUAUUAUUAUUAUUAUUAUUAUUAUUAUUAUUAUUAUUAUUAUUAUUAUUAUUAUUAUUAUUAUUAUUGUUAUUAUUAUUAUUAUUAUUAUUAUUAUUAUUAUUAUUAUUAUUAUUAUUAUUAUUAUUAUUAUUAUUAUUAUUAUCAUCAUCAUUACUGUUGUUGCUGUUGUUAUUAUUAUUAUUAUUAUUAUUAUUAUUAUUAUUAUUAUUAUUAUUAUUAUUAUUAUUAUUAUUAUUAUUAUUAUCAUUAUUAUUAUUAUUAUCAUUAUUAUUAUUAUUAUGAUUGUAACAAUUUUCACAUGUUUUGUGAUUUUAAGGCAUUAUAAUUUCAGACUGCAUUUAUUGCACAACAUUGACACGCAAUAAAAACAUGCUUGUCCUAC